CUCGUCAAGUUGCUUUGGCUGAAGAAGCUCGUCGUAAGGCUGAAGAACAGAGGAAAUUUCAGAUGGAGAGAAGAAAACAAGAGGAUGAGCAGAAACGGCUUAAGCAAGAGGAAGAACAUUUUCAGCGUAUCAAGGAGCAAUGGAAGAGUAGCACCCCUGCAACUAGUAAGCGGAAGGAGAGACCUGAAAUGGAUGAUGACGGCGGACAUAGUGAGAGGAGGAGAAGAAAAGGAGGAAAGAGGAGCAAGAAAGAAAAGAGCUCAAGGUCUCGUUAUGAGACAGAGGAAGGGGAAGCUGGGAUGAUGGAUGAUCAUGAAGAAGUGGAAGAUGAAGAUGCCAACAUUAAUUAUCAGGAGACUGCAAAUCAAAUGAAUGAUCAGGACGAUGAACCAGCAGAGAAUGCUCAGGAUCUUCUUGCAGCUGCUGGGCUUGAAGAUUCCGAUGCUGAGGAUGAGGCUGCACCUUCAUCAGCCAUGGGUCGGCGGAGACGGGCAUGGGAAGAAUCAGAUGAGGAUGAGCCAAUAGAUAGGCAGCCUGAUUCCAGCCCUGCCAGGGACAAUUCUACUGAACUUCAGGAUAAUGAUGCAGGAGUUAGAGAUAAUAAUGUAGAUGAUGAUGAGGACUGAGAUCAAGCGUCUUGAGUUUCUGCGAGGGUUUUCUAUAUAUUACUUAGGAGAAUUAAUGGAAAACGUCGAUCCGGAGGAUAAAUUGUUUAUAAAAGCUGCUGUUUUUCUGUCUGUAUUUUUACUGAAUACCUGAGAAAGUUUCAUCUGUUAAUGUUGUAAAUUAAUGCUCAUUUUACUGUGA